AUGCAUCGGUGGCGCAGUAUCCUCCCGUUCUGGUGCGGCGUAUUGGGUAGUAUAGCGCACCGUACUGGCGAGCACGACAAAACAACAACUAUCUCUUCCGAUGUCUUCGAUGGCGUUGACAUUACAUACAAUGAAGUUCCUGCAGAAAUAUGCGGCAACGCCAUAUCGUACAGUGGCUAUGUGAACUUUCCACCGGGUUCAAUGAAGGGUGUCGAACAUGACUACCCAAUUCACACAUUCUUUUGGUACUUCGAAUCCCAAACGGACACUCAAAAUGCUCCGCUGAUUAUUUGGAUGAACGGCGGGCCUGGCGCGUCAUCUAUGUUUGGACUGUUCACGGAGAACGGACCAUGCUCCAUCAAUAGCAAGCUCGAACCAGAGCCAAGACUUUCAUCUUGGAAUCAAUUCUAUAAUGUGCUCUAUGUAGACCAGCCCGUCCAGACUGGUUUCAGUUACGACAUUCCGACACCGGGUUUCUUAGAUCUAGAAACAGGCAACAUUAUCCCCAAAGACCCAGACCAGGACCUUCAAGCAAACACUACCUUCAUCCCCGGCACCUUCAGCAGCCAGAACGUCAAUUGGACUGCGAAUACAACGGAGAAUGCUGCUCGCCACUUCUGGAACUUUCUUCAGGUGUGGUCUCAGGAUUUCAACAAAUUCAGCUCCAGUGAUAAUUCAAUCAGCAUCUGGACGGAGUCGUACGGUGGUCGAUAUGGCCCAGGUUUUGCUGCAUUUAUAGAAGAGCAAAACCUUCAGAUACAUCGUGGGUCCCUGAUUGGAGCGAAACACCUUAAUAUUACAACGCUCGGCAUCGUCAAUGGAUGUGUGGAUCUAUUGACCCAAGAAACAUCUGCUCCAGACUUCGCCUAUGACAUGAACGCUUACGGUAUUCCUGGGAUCACCCGCGAGGAGUACGACGCUGCGCUUAUGGCAUAUUACAAACAGCCGGGAGGGUGCCUUGAUAAAAUCAACACCUGCCUAUCCUUAGGCAAGAGUGACGACCCUGCCAUGUACGGCAACGUAACUAAUGUCAACGAGGCAUGCGAGGAUGCGAGCGAUUUCUGCCAGAAUGAGGUAGAGGGUCCAUACAUAUUUCGCAAGCAAUGGGCUUUUUACGAUAUCGCUCAUUGCUACCUGGAUGCCUUCCCGGGUAAUGAGUUUCUUUAUUACCUAAGCAGGGAAGAGAUACUCCAGGCGAUAGGCGUUCCUGUUAAUUACACCGACAUCUCAAACACCGUCGGCAAGGCAUUCAACCUCACAGGUGACUAUGCAAGGAGAGACCCGCGUGGCUAUCUAGAGGACAUAGCUAUUCUACUCGACUCCGGGAUCCAAGUAGCUAUGGUUUAUGGAGACCGCGACUUCGCUUGCAAUUGGAUUGGCGGCGAACGAGUAAGUCUAGGUGUGGACUAUUCCCAGAGCGACAAGUUCAGGCUUGCUGGGUAUAGCAAUAUCACCAUAGACGGCUCUGAUCCAGUAGGCCAGGUUCGCCAGCACGGCAUGUUUUCCUUCAGCCGGAUAUACCAGUCUGGUCACAUGGUCCCUUCUUAUCAGCCCGAUGCCACACUCAGCAUACUGCGCCGAGUCAUGGGGCAAAGAGAUGUCGCCACCGGAAACAUCUCCCUUUCAGAUGAGUACUCAACAGAUGGCACUUCCGAGUCAACAGCAACCUUGGUGGCACCUGAGCCUCCUUCGAUUACAUGUUAUCUCAGAGGCAUGGCCUCUACUUGUGCACAGAAUCAGAUUGACGCUAUCAAAGACGACAGUGCUACUAUCGAGAACGGGGUCAUACGCGAUCCUCCUCCGCAGGCAGCUUGUCCAACGCUUCCCACGAGCAGCGAUUUCAUGGGUGAAUUACGACGACACUAAUAGGUCUCUUAUGGGGCAAUAAGAAAUUAGGCGGUGUACGUGCACGGGAAGUUUGCUCACAGAGUAGACACAGACAAUUUUAUCAUCGUUAGAAUAAUCCAUUGCAAUAUAUAAGCAGUAUCGCUAGAAUAAGCCCUUGCAAUAUUAGGAACUCGGUUCGAGAGCCUGAGCUGACUCAUUAUGCGGGUCGUGGCGGUGCGGUCCACCUCCUAGCCGCCGGGCCUCCGUUUUGCCAUCGGCCUGUUGACUCCACUGGUGCACCGUAUUG